AUGAUGACCGAAACAGAAACCCUCCCGCAGUCCUGGUUUGAUCAGGCUCGCUUGAUCCCGCCCGAUGCGAUCUUUGCGUUGACUGCUCUGUACGUCGCAGAUCCGUCACCUCAAAAGGUCAAUCUAGGCCAAGGCACAUACCGAGACGAGAAGGGGAAUCCUUGGGUUCUUCCAUCAGUCAAUCAGAGUCGAGAGCUGCUAUCAUCGCAGGGGCUGAACCAUGAGUACCUCCCAAUAGUCGGUCUGGCAGAGUUUCGCAAAGAGGCAGCGAGACUGGCAUUGGGGGAUGUGCUGUUCGCAAAGAAACAGAAUCAGCUCGCAACGUGCCAAAGUCUCUCCGGCACCGGAGCUCUGCAUCUUGCUGGACUAUUGCUACGAGCAUGCAAAACACCGUUGCCCAAGAUAUACAUCCCGGAGCCGACCUGGUCGAACCACCACCAAGUGUUCGCAUCACUCGGAUUCCAGUGCGAAAGUUUCAGAUACUACAAUCCCGAGACUAGAGAGCUAGAUAUUGAUUCCUAUUACGCGACAUUGAAUUCCGCUGAACCGAACUCCGUGGUUAUCAUCCAUGCGUGUGCGCAUAACCCGACCGGAUGCGACCCGAGUAAGGAGCAAUGGCGAGAACUGGCGCACCUUUUCAAAAAAAGACAGCUGUUCCCUCUGUUUGAUGCUGCUUAUCUCGGCUUCAACUCCGGCAAUGUAGACAACGAUGCUUUUGCUAUCCGAUUAUUCGUUGAGGAAGUAGGAGUAGAGGCUGGAGUUUGUCUCUCGUUUGCGAAGAAUAUGGGACUUUAUGGGGAGCGAGUGGGUUGUUUCUUACUCGCGACACAUACCGAGCAAGCGGCCAUGAAGACUCAAUCCAUGCUUGAAAUGCUGCAGCGAUCUGAAGUUUCAAAUCCACCAGCUUACGGCGCAAAGAUCGCAAGCACUAUAUUAUCUAGCACUGAUCUGCGACAGGCUUGGUAUCACGAUCUGAUUACCAUGAGUGACCGUAUAAGAUCUAUGAGAAAGGCACUGUAUGACACGUUGGUGUCAUCGGGUGCACCGGGGCCUUGGGAGCAUCUCAUCCGCCAAUCCGGAAUGUUUGGUUUCUUGGGAUUGUCCCCAAGUGUCGUCCUUAAACUGCGUGAGCACUAUCACAUCUAUAUGGCAGACAACUCUAGAAUCUCCAUUGCCGGUCUCAAUGAUGGGAACGUGGAGUAUGUUGGAUUAUCCAUAGCCGAGUGUCUGAAAUGA